AUGACUCUUACUACCGUCUCGGGUGACCCAAUUACUAUCGGUAUUGGCACCGGCACCUCCAUCAAAGAUCUAAAGAGAGGGCAGCCAACCGCAGAAAACAAGGCGCGUAUUGUUGACAUCCUUAGGUAUGCACUUCUGAUCGGGUAUAACCAUAUCGACACCGCCGAAGUAUACACCACCCAACCAGAAGUCGGCACCGCCAUAGCUGGCUUCCAAAGAGAAAAGUUAUGGAUCACCACCAAAUACUCCGUCACCUCGUCGAUGAUCAAGAAAAAAAGCUUUACCCCCACCGACUUUGUCGAGCAAGCCCUAGACGAGAUGAACACUAACUACAUCGACUUGUUGUUAAUCCACUUUCCCCCAAAGCCAAACGACCCCUACACGAUACAAUCGUUGUGGCAAGAGUUUGUAUCAAUCAAGGCAACCGGAAAGGUGAGAUACAUUGGGGUGUCCAACUUUGACAUCCCCCAGCUAAACACCCUUCUUGAGAUAGGCACCCCCACCAUCAACCAGAUACAGUACUACCUCGGGUCAGACAAUUUGGAGGUCGUUGAGUUCUGCAAGAACCAUGGCAUACUCGUCGAAGCAUAUGGCCCGCUAACUCCACUCAGAAACCCCAACCCCAAAACAGACGCAUUGAUAGAGAAACUACAAAACGCCAACCACCUAACCAAGAGCCAGGCCUUGUUCCGUUACUUGCUCGACAACAAUAUCUUGCCAAUCACUACAUCGUUCAAGAAAGAACGCCUCAAAGAAGCAUUACAUAGCUAUACAUACUAA